AUGAUGGAUAACGAAGUGGCAAGCUAUGUGAAAUACAGUAGUUACUUAAAGAGACUGACCGCAUUUAUAGGUCUGUGGCCUGACUAUCAAAAGCAGAUGCCGGCGAUUAGCUUAUUACUGAGUAUACAAGCUGCUUUUUCAAGCUUCACUACAUUUUGCUUUAUCGCGUAUUCGUGCUAUCUCGAUUCCGCGGACAUCGGUGCUUUCACUAGUUACAUUGGAGGUUUAGUGGGUUAUCUAACGACGGUCAUGAAGAUAUUUGUGUUGGGAAUCCAACAGAAGAAUCUAAAAAAACUGAACAAUGGGAUUUCUGCGAGUUUUGAGGCUAAUCUCAAGGUUCCUGAAAACCGGCAAUAUUUACUGGCUCAUCUACCGAUGUCCUUAAGAUUUUUCUACACUUAUGCCAUUACAACGGGAUCAAGUUUGGCAUUGCUGGUCCUAAUUCCUUUGCUGUUGCUAAGACAUGGCGUAUACGUGAGAAUGUUACCCCUAACGUUGCCAUUUAGCUACAAACCAGGUGGUAUGGUGCAUUGGAUGUUCUACCUCUACGAGAUACUCUGCGGAUGGAACUUGUGGACUGUCGCAGUCGGGACUGAUAAUUUGUUCUCCUUGUAUUGUCUUCACAUUGUUGGUGAAUUGAAACUACUGAGUAGUCGAUUUCGGAAUUUGAAAUCGAGCAAAAACUAUCGCAAAGAUAUGAAAGACUGUAUUCAGAGUCACAUGCUACUCAUGAAAACCUUUCUUAAACUACAAAAAGUCUUCGGCUUUGUGGUCAUGUGGUUCGCUAUUACCUGUGCCCUCUGUCUCUGCUCUCUUGUCUUUCAAGCUGUCGAGAUGGAUAAAGUAUCGGUUAUGAGAGUAUUUUACUUGUUUAAUCACAGUUUCGUCAAAUUGUUACAAGCGUAUUUGUAUACUUGGUGUGGGAACAUCAUUACCGUGGAGAGUGAAAUCUGCUUAAAUGCCGCGUAUGAAGCUCACUGGUCGGAUUCUGGCGAUAAGCGUUUCAUGAAGGAUAUACUAACCGUUGUGUUGCAGCGGCCGAUGGUAUUUAAAGCGAAUAAAUUUAUGGAAUUGCGUAUGGAGCUGUUUCUGAAAAUUGUAAAUACUUCAGUAUCCUACUUUUUUCUUUUGCGAACUUUAGAUGACGAUUCUUGA